AUGAACACAGAGCAGGCAAAGAAAGAAAAUGAUAGGGGACGGACAUUGGGUUACGGAAACCUGUCACUGAUAUGGAUUGCGCUCGUGGCCGUUCCUUUGGCAGUCUAUCUGGCUUCUGGGCUCUCUCUGUUCGACGUGCCGGGAACCCAACUCACAACCACGAUCGUGUCAUACGACCCCCUCAUCAUUUAUCUUGAGGACUUUCUGUCCGCAAGCGAAGUCAAAUACUUGAAACAAGUAGCACAGGAAAGAUAUGUCCCUUCCAAAGUUGUGGAUGAAAACAAUGAGAAAUUGGAUAAGACAUCGUUUACGCGCCGGAGUUCGUCGGCCUUCCUACCCGGAAAGGAUGAUAUCGUCAAGUCCGUGAUAGCCCGCGCGGCGCAGUUCCAGGGUUUCGCGCCCACGAACCAUUUCGAAAACAUCCAAGCUACGAAGUACGUCUCUGGCCAGGAGUACAUGCCACACUAUGAUGUGUUGUCCACCAAGCCGCCGCCACUUGGGAAAGAAAACGGGUCCGAAAACGCGACGGAGAGGCUGUCAACCAUGUUUGUGAUACUGGAGGACAGCUGUGGGACGCACUGCGGCACGCAGUUCCCCCAAAUUGCGAUCGACUGGGCUUCGGAGGACCCCAGGUGGUGUGAGUUCGUCGAUUGCGCGGAGAAGAGGCUUACAUUUCCGCCGAGAGCCGGGAACGCCAUAUUCUGGAAGAACUUGCGGGAAGACGGGUCGCUGCACGAGGACACUCUCCAUGCUGGUCUGCCGCUGCAACAUGGCGCCAAGAUCGGACUCAACAUCUGGAUGAGGAAUGGGAUAUAUCCACACGUAUCUACAUAA